UGUCUUUUUUGUAUGGAACGCCUUUAACUUUUUUAGGCUCACAAAUCAAGAUGGCGAAGACAGUGUGCAAAUGUGUGUCUAUGUGUCCAUUUGAUAAUCGAGAAGGAAUAUUGUGGCUUUUUGAAAAGUAUUAACAAAAAUGUCGGAUUCGGAAAGUAAUAUGUCCGAUAGUGGGUCUGAGGACGGAUCUGUCGGUUCUAACAAAUCGCAGAAAAGUGUACGCUCUAGAUCCCGUUCUCCCAUACGUUCCCGGUCAGGUUCACGUUCCGUUUCCAGAUCACGAUCUAGGUCUCACUCGAGAUCACGUUCCCGAUCGAGGUCUCGUUCGCGUUCUAGAUCUCGUUCCAGAUCACGGUCGGUUGCAUCGGAAUCUGGAUCGGAAGGUUCGGUAAGAGGCCAUAAGAGGGCACGCGAUGAAGAAGAGGAGGAAGAAGAAGGUGAUGAUGUUGACUCCGAAGAAUAUGAGGAGGACGAAGAGGACCGCCACCGAAAGAAAAAGAAGAAGGAUCGUUUCGGUGGUUUUAUUAUUGACGAAGCCGAAGUGGACGAUGAGGUUGACGAAGAUGAAGAAUGGGAAGAAGGAGCCAAUGAAUUGGGCAUUGUUGGCAAUGAAAUUGACGAAUUGGGUCCUACGGCCCGUGAUAUUGAAAUUAGACGACGUGGCACCAACCUUUGGGACACCCAAAGGGAAGAUGAAAUCGAGGAGUAUCUUCGCAAGAAAUAUGCUGACGAAUCGAUUGCCAAGAGGCAUUUUGGUGAUGGAGGUGAAGAAAUGUCCGAUGAAAUUACCCAACAGACACUUUUGCCAGGCAUUAAGGAUCCCAAUUUAUGGAUGGUAAAAUGUCGUAUUGGAGAGGAAAAGGCCACAGCUUUAUUGUUGAUGCGAAAGUUUCUAACAUACCUAAAUACUGAUGAACCAUUACAAAUUAAGUCAGUUGUAACGCCAGAGGGUGUCAAGGGUUAUGUGUACAUUGAAUCGUACAAACAGACUCACGUUAAGGCGGCCAUUAACAAUGUGGGAAAUCUUAGAAUGGGCCAAUGGAAACAAGAAAUGGUACCCAUUAAGGAAAUGACCGAUGUUCUAAAGGUUGUCAAGGAACAAGUUGGUCUUAAGGUGAAACAAUGGGUAAGACUCAAGAGAGGUCUAUACAAGGAUGAUAUAGCGCAGGUGGACUAUGUGGAUUUGGCCCAAAAUCAAGCCCAUUUAAAGCUAUUGCCACGUAUUGAUUACACCCGAAUGAGAGGUGCUCUUCGGACAACAGCAAGCGAUGCAGAUAAGAACAAAAAGAAACGUAGGCCACCAGCCAAACCGUUUGAUCCAGAAGCUGUAAGAGCUAUUGGUGGUGAAGUCCAUUCAGAUGGUGAUUUUUUGCUGUUCGAGGGCAAUCGUUAUUCACGCAAGGGUUUCUUGUAUAAAAAUUUCACCAUGUCUGCCAUUCAAGCCGAAGGUGUUAAACCCACUUUGGCAGAAUUGGAAAGAUUUGAAGAGACGCCAGAAGAUGUCAAUUUGGAGAUUGCCUUGGGGGCAAAGGAUGACCCCACCAUGGGACAUUCCUUUUCAAUGGGUGACAAUGUUGAAGUAUGCGUGGGUGAUUUGGAAAAUUUGCAGGCUAAAAUCAUAGCCAUUGAUGGAGGGAUGAUUACUGUCAUGCCCAAGCAUCAAGACUUGAAGGAUCCCUUAGUAUUCAAGGCAAAUGAAUUACGCAAAUACUUCAAAACUGGUGACCAUGCUCGUGUAUUGGCCGGUCGUUAUGAAGGUGAAACGGGUUUGAUUAUACGUGUUGAACCAUCACGUGUUGUAUUGGUUUCCGAUUUAACCAAUCAUGAGUUGGAAGUGUUACCUAAAGAUUUGCAGCUUUGUUCCGAUGUGGCCACAGGUGUUGAUUGUUUGGGCCAAUUUCAAUGGGGUGAUUUGGUACAACUUGAUGCUCAAAAUGUGGGAGUUAUUGUACGUCUGGAGAGAGAAAACUUCCAUGUAUUGGGCAUGCAUGGUAAGGUUAUUGAAUGCAAGCCAACUGCUUUGCACAAGAGAAGGGAGAAUCGUAAUACAAUUGCUUUGGAUGCAGAUCAAAAUCAAAUCAGGCGUCGUGAUAUUGUUAAAGUUAUGGAAGGACCGCAUGCCGGUCGUUCUGGUGAAAUCAAACAUCUUUAUCGCAGCUUGGCAUUCCUCCAUUGCCGUAUGUACACCGAAAACGGUGGUAUAUUCGUUUGCAAAACACGUCAUUUGCAAUUGGCUGGUGGCAGUAAAUCCCAGACUAAUAAUUUUGGCCCAUUGGGUGGUUUGGGUUUCAUGUCACCUCGUAUACAGUCUCCCAUGCAUCCAUCUGGUGGACGUGGCGCCCGGGGUGGUGCCAGAGGUCGUGGCGGUUUUCGUGUUACACGUGAUCGCGAAAUCUUGGGUAAAACUAUUAAAAUUAGUGGUGGUCCUUACAAAGGUGUUGUUGGUAUUGUUAAAGAUGCCACCGAGAGUACAGCCCGUGUGGAAUUACACACUUCUUGUCAGACAAUUUCCGUCGACAGAAAUCAUAUUGCUAUUGUUGGUCCAGCUGGCAAAGAUGGAAGUCUUUCUUCCUAUGGUCGUACACCAGCCCGCACUCCUGGCUAUGGUUCCCAUACACCAAUAUAUGCUGCUGCCGGCUCCAAAACUCCAUUGCUUGGCAGUCAAACACCCAAUUGGGAUUCUGAAGGUCGUACUCCAUACAGUAGUUCUAUGACACCAUUGCAUGAUGGUAGCAUGACGCCACGUCAUGGUGCCUGGGAUCCGACCGUUACAAAUACCCCGGCCCGUAGCAAUGACUUUGAUUAUUCCCUGGAAGAGCCAAGCCCAAGCCCUGGAUAUAAUCCCAGUACUCCCGGUUACCAGAUUAAUACCCAGUUUCCACCACAAACUCCUGGUACAUUGUAUGGCUCAGAUCGCAGCUACAGCCCAUUCAACCCAAGCCCCAGCCCAGCACCAUCUCCUUAUCCUGUGGGCUAUAUGAACACCCCAUCCCCGUCAAGUUAUUCCCCCAAUACACCAGGUGGAGCACCAAACUCUCCCUAUAACCCUCAGACACCAGGCGCCGGAUUGGAAUCGCCAAUUGGAGAUUGGUGUACAACCGAUAUUGUGGUUAAAAUUCAUACACAUGACGAUGCGGAUUUGGUGGGACAAACCGGCAUUAUACGCACUGUUUCAAAUGGUGUAUGCUCGGUGUUUCUUCAAGAAGAAGAUCGUAGUGUAUCGGUUGUAAGUGAGAAUCUAGCACCGGUCGCACCCGGGGAAGGAGAUGAAUUUAAGGUUAUUUAUGGUGACGAACGAGAGUCGGUUGGCAAAAUACUUUCGGUCGAAAAGGAUUCGUGUGUCUGCAAACUGAAUGGCGAAGUUAAGAUGAUACCAACUUCACACUUGGCAAAAAUGAAAUCAAUUGAUUAAAUAUUCUUCUAUAUUCUAUUAUACGUAGUAUAUACAUAUACACAAUAUAAUAUUGGGAUUCUCUAAUAACAAGGAUACGCGGACAACCGCUCAGUGUAUGAGUAAUGAACAAAGUAGUCAUUUCAAUU